AAUACGCAGAAUGAUCAAGAGGGCACAAAUGAGAACGACGAACCUAAUAUCGAAGAACUAGAAAUAACCCUAUCUGAGUUAGAAGUCCUCUCCGCAUUAAAAGCUCUAGACCCAGAUAAAGCACUUGGACCAGAUGGUAUUCCCAGUCGCAUUCUUAAAGAAACAGCACAACAAAUUGCGCCAUCGCUAACUCUGUUGUUUAAUAAAUCCAUCGGUUCCGGGGUAGUUCCUGACGAGUGGAAGUUAGCAAACGUGGUUCCUGUCUACAAGAGGGGAGAGAAAGAAGAUGUACAAAAUUACAGACCAAUCUCUUUUCUAUGUAUUGUGUCUAAAUUGCUGGAGAGAUGUGUGUUGAAACACAUCUGGGAACAUUUACGUGUGAUCCUCAACGAGUGUCAACAUGGUUUUGUACCGGGCAAAUCGUGCACUUCACAACUCAUUGGCGUUCUAGAUAAGAUUGGAUGA